UGUCGCAACGUAAUUGCGCAUUAUGUGACAAAAACCGAAUAAGCGAGCUAUUAGCGAACGAGUACAGAGCGCAUUAUUGGUAACAAAUUAUGAUCUGGUAUGAAGAACACCCCAUUGUCCACGUAUUAGAACGAACGGUUUCGAUGGAUGGAAAAUUGAAUUAUGAUUGAUAAUUUAGCUGCAAUAUUCAUCCAGAAGUUCCAGCUCUAUUGUAUGAAGUUCUCUAGGACAUGCAAGUCCAGGAACAAUAGAACGGAAUUAUAUCUCGUGCUGAAAGAGACUUAGAUUUUUUUUUGUGACAGAGAGAAUUCCUCUUGUAAUAUUUUGGGAGGUAAGGCAUUGAAACAAACUGAAGAUGUUUUGUUUUCACUGCCCGCCGGGGUUGCAUCCAGCUUCCCGACCCCUGGGUAUGGAUCUACCGUUCCAGGCACACCCGUCAUUCGCUGGUUACGGCCUGCACAGUGAUCUUCAUGACGAUGCUUUUGCCCGACGCAAACAACGAAGGAAUAGAACGACCUUCACCUUGCAACAGCUUGAAGAGCUAGAGAAGGCAUUUGCGCAGACUCAUUACCCGGAUGUGUUCACGAGAGAAGACCUUGCCAUGAGGAUAAACCUAACCGAGGCCAGAGUGCAGGUCUGGUUCCAAAACAGAAGAGCGAAAUGGAGAAAAAGCGAACGAUUUACACAAAGAACACCUUCUUCGAAAGAUGCUAGUGAAAAUCCGGAAGAUGGAAAAUCUGAUAACGAGGCGGAAGAUCCGGAUGUUUGUGGUGAUGUUUCGGAUACAUGCCCGGAACCGGAAGAUAAAGAUGAACAGCGUUUUGAGGGAGAAAGACUUUUGUCCCCACAGGGCGAUAGCGAAGAAUCAGAAAAUAAUAAUAAUGAUGAACAUAACAGUGAAAGUGACAGUCAUGUAGAUUGUGGAAUGUUGCCACAAACUACACCGGAAAAGAAAGUUGCAAUGGCAACAGAAAAUGUUUCAGAUCAAGUCGCAGAAGAUUUAACUUCAUCACCGUCUUUCAAAACAGACAAUGAUUUGGUUAAACCACAACCGGCUCACUCAAUUCAUAGUAUUGUUUCUAAAAUUAAUGACCAAACGAUAGAACCCAAUGACACACCACAAUCAAAGACACCAGCAGACGACAGCGAUUCGCAACCAGUCAGGUCAGCUGGUUCCCCGUCUUCGCCAUUAGCAUCUCUAGCGCUUGCGAAUACAGCGAGAGCAAAUAUGAUGAUGAAUUCCAAACCAAUGUUACAACAUUCGUUUACACAGACACUCAUGGCCCUAAGUAACAACGCAAUGAGUAGGCCAUCAUUUUUCCCAAUGUUGGAAAGCAACUACAAGCAGUAUUUGGACAAUUACUUUUCUCCGAGACCUUUGUUCCCGGCUCAUUUCUCGGCGCACCCGGCAUUUAAAGGUUACAUGCCAUUAUGCGGAUGUUGCGGUUCACGCGGACCAUGCACUUCUAUGAUGGCUGGGCACGAGACACGCACGAGCAGCGUUGCGGAGCUUCGACGCCGUGCACGUGAACAUUCGGAGGCCCUGUCAACAACGCCGACGGAGAGUGGAAUUCAAAGGCCCUGAAAGCAGCGACGAUGAGUUAAUAACAGAAUGAUAUUCCCAGCAUUAUCUGUCAACCGGAAAUGACGAAAGUGUUUCCGGAAGCACACGUCUUCACUUCAGAUAUUGUUGAGUACGCAGUCCCGUUUAUGUGCAGUAUGCAAUUUAGUGUCUCAUGUUCUUGCCAGUCAAAAGUAUAUUAACUUUUGAACUUUACAAAACGUGCGUGCGUGGUCACCUCAAAAUGAUGUACAGCAUGUGCUGAUAUAAAGACAUGCAUCUACAAAUAUCAAAACUUUGACCUUUUGUUCUCACCUCAUUAAUUUCUAGAUUAAUAUGUUAGUGUGUGUUUCAAGCAUAUGUACAUGUGUUUUGACUUUGUUAAGGGAUGAACUUCAAUUUAAAUAAUAGGAAAGGGUAAAAGAGUUUAUUAUUGAUUUUAUUUUAGUUAAACAUUUAAAAAAUCGUAACAAUAAAGAAAUUUUUCAAUCAAAGAGUAGGCUUCAUUUUAAUAAUAUGGUUUACAUUCUUAACGGAAGUAGAAUCUAAACAUAAUAAAUGAUCCGUGCCAUGA